GAUCAUCCUCUGUGCUGGUCUCCCAGACCCGGUUGAGGCCGCAGCGGACUGCCCUUUCCCAAGAUGGCUUCGAAGAUUGGUUCGAGACGCUGGAUGCUGCAGCUGAUCAUGCAGCUGGGUUCGGUGCUGCUCACGCGCUGCCCCUUUUGGGGCUGCUUCAGCCAACUCAUGUUGUACGCUGAAAGGGCCGAGGCGCGCCGGAAGCCCGACAUCCCAGUGCCUUACCUGUAUUUCGACAUGGGGGCAGCUGUGCUGUGUGCUAGUUUCAUGUCGUUCGGAGUGAAGAGGCGGUGGUUCGCGUUGGGCGCCGCGCUCCAGCUGGCCAUCAGCACCUAUGCCGCUUACAUCGGGGGCUAUGUCCACUACGGAGACUGGCUAAAGGUCCGCAUGUACUCGCGCACAGUUGCCAUCAUUGGUGGCUUUCUGGUGCUGGCCAGUGGGGCUGGGGAGCUGUACCGUCGGAAACCACGAAGCCGUUCUCUGCAGUCCACUGGCCAGGUGUUCCUGGGCAUCUACCUCAUUUGUGUGGCCUACUCACUGCAGCACAGCAAGGAGGACCGGCUGGCCUACCUGAACCAUCUUCCAGGAGGGGAGCUGAUGGUCCAGCUCUUCUUCGUGCUUUACGGGGUCCUGGCUCUGGCCUUCCUGUCAGGCUACUACGUCACCCUGGCUGCCCAGAUCCUGGCUGUGUUGUUGCCUCCCGUCAUGCUGCUCAUUGAUGGCAACGUCUCCUACUGGCACAACACGCGACGGGUCGAGUUCUGGAACCAGAUGAAGCUGCUUGGCGAGAGUGUGGGGAUCUUCGGGGCUGCCGUCAUCUUGGCUACAGAUGGCUGAGUUUCACAGGGAGAGCCUGAUUUGGGCACAGGGGGCCGCCAAGGGCCACCUUACCUUCCUCCUUGCUGGCCUAGUUGCUGUUUAUUUAUGCUUCUUGGUGGUUUGUUUGUUUACUUUUGUUUGUUUUUGUUUUGUUUAAUAGUUAAGAUGGCUUCCCCAGGUUUGUGGCUCAGACUUUGGGAAGAUGGGAGCCCUCAAGCUAAUGCCUCAUAGGGUUGUUGUUGUUGUUGUUUUUUUUUCUCUUACCUGUUUUAGGGGAGAGCUGAGGCCAGCUGCCCCUCCCCCAUGUGUCCAGGGAGGGAGGAGUCUCUGAGAAAGGAGUAAGGCAGAGCUGGGAUGCAGGAACUAGUAGUAGGGACAGAGGAAGAUCUGGAAGUAAGCAAAUGUGAAAAUUCCUUUUGGAACCUGACAGAUGCAGCUAAGCAGUGCUUUUCAGACUAGGUGUGUGUGUCUGUAUAUUUCCACAUGUGUAGUGUAUCUUCACACAUGUAAAAGGAGCCCUGCAAGGAGGGGCAGAGUGGCUGGUGCUACAGAAGUUACAUGGGCUCUUCGGGGGGUCUGCUGGUGCAGAAACGAUCCCAGCUCUCUAACUCCCACUGUAGAGUCCAGAGCAGGUCCUGGUGUGCUCUGAGAUGUGCAGGGUGGGGCUGGCCAGCCAGGCAGCCUGCUGCUGCAAGUGUUCUCAGUUCCUUGUUUGGCUGGCUGGGUGGAGCACCCUCCCAAACACCAGACCACACGGUCCUCCAAAAGUAAACAUUUUAUACAGACA